CUAAUAUCUAUGCUAACUUGUUCUCUCUGUCUAUUUCCUAGAGUGCAGCAGCAGCCCCCAGUCCCGUAAUGGGCAACAUGCCCCCCAAUGACGGCAUGCCAGGCGGACCAAUGCCCCCUGGUUUCUUUCAGGGGCCUCCCGGCUCGCAGCAGUCACCACACGCACAGCCGCCCCCACACAAUGCCAGCAACCCCAUGAUGGGACCACACGGCCAGCCUUUUAUGUCUCCACGGUACCCUGGUGGACCUCGGCCGUCUCUUCGCAUGCCAAAUCAGCCUCCUGUAGGGGUUCCAGGUUCACAACCACUCCUGCCAAACAGUUUGGACCCCACCAGGCCACAAGGACAUCCUAACAUGGGCGGUCCAAUGAGAAUGAAUCCUCCCAGGGGGAUGGGUGGCAUGGGCCCUCAGAACUAUGGUGGUAUGAGGCCUCCUCCCAACUCUCUAGGUGGUCCAGGCAUGCCCGGAAUGAACAUGGGUCCUGGAGGACGUGGCCCCUGGCCAAACCCCAAUGCUAACUCGAUAGCAUACUCCUCCUCAUCUCCGGGCAACUACGUGGGUCCUCCAGGAGGAGGUGGUCCACCAGGAACUCCCAUAAUGCCAAGCCCAGGAGACUCCACAAACUCCAGUGAAAAUAUCUACACAAUGAUGAACCCUAUUGGACCAGGAGGAAACCGAUCCAGUUUCCCCAUGGGUCCUGGUCCAGAUGGCCCAAUGGGUGGCAUGGGUGGCAUGGAACCUCAUCAUAUCAACGGAUCGUUAGGCUCUGGUGACAUGGAUGGGUUGCCAAAGAACUCCCCCAACAACAUGGCAGGGAUGAACAACCCACCAGGCACACCGCGGGACGAUGGAGAAAUGGGAGGGAACUUCCUCAAUCCAUUCCAAAGUGAAAGUUAUUCACCCAACAUGACGAUGAGUGUGUGAUUUCUUCUUAUUUUAUUGUUUUAUUUGGGGUUUUCUUUCUUGCUUUGUUCAAACUCCCUCCGACCGCCCGCUCCUUUUUUUAACCCCAUCCCUCCCCUCAAUCAACUCCCUGGCACCCCCUGCCCACGGAACUCUGGCUUUUUCUGCACAGCCUUCUGGGAUCCCCCACGAGCAGAGGACUCACAUGAAAGUGGCCCAUCCCAGCUUGUGCAAAAUGACCACCGGCAACAGGAAACAGUCCCAGAGCCACAGGAAGAGCUUGUUGAGUGAAUCUCCCUGCCUUCCGGACUUCCUCUCUGGUUCAGGACACUAACGGGGCUGAACACACACAGGAAGGCAGGCGUGUGUGUGUUUGAGCAGACACGUGCUUCCCCAGGCUGCUCACUUUCUGAACUCACACCACUUUUUUGAUUCAUUUUUUUUUUUUUUAUCUUGAAUGGAUGCAGUGGUUUUUACAGUGGAAAAUAUCUGCAUUUAAAUUGUGUAAAUGCAAGGGGCAACUCAUUAUGAUGGGUUCGGCAAUGAACGUUUUCAUUACUCUGUGUAUGUAUUGUAUUAUUAUCAAUUGUUGAUUUUAUUUUGAUUAAUAUUAUAUUGAUGGUUAUUGUUUAGGUUCUUUUGAAAGGGGCACAUUAUAUGUAAACCGCAAAUUCGACCGAAAAAAAGCACACAUCCAUACUGCACAGUAACAGAGUCGUGACUUUUGCAGGAAGUCUACGCUACGUUUUGUGUUUGCUGUGAAAUCUUACCUCCGACAGAUUAAAAAGGUAGCCGUACCUUUUCUUCUACAUCUCUAAUAUAUAUACAGGAAAUGUAGUUUCAUUGUCCCAGUCAAGUGAACGUCUGAGGCCAAGAGGCGCAAAGCCCAAACCAGCAGCCACUUUAACCUCUCAGACCAGCCUGUGUGUCCGACAACGGGUUUUGGAGUCUCAGUCUAUCUGUAGAGAGGAAGUGAUGUCAUAACACAACUGAAAACAUGCGGUCGAACAACCAACUAGCGCUGAAUUUGACUCCCAACACAUCACCGUGAUUCACAACUUAUUUAUUUGUUGUUUUCGUUCAUGAAUUGAUUUAUCGUGCACGCGUCUCUCGCAUGCGAUCCGUCAGGACAUAUUGUACACAUGUAAAUAUGCCAGUCUAAGAUACCUCCUGAAGAUUUGUGUCAUUCUGUCCCUCGCCGGAGACCCACAUGCUUUCCUUCUGCUUGAAUCUGAACUGGGUGUCUCUCUUCACAUGACAUUUCAGUACAAAUGAGGUUCCUGUCGACUUGGUGCUCUUCAUACUGGAUAUUUUUUCAGGUGCGGGAAUAUAGCAUUCCUCUUCAAACACAUUUUGUUAAGUAUGUGUUCCAUAUUAUGACUAAUCAUCUUCAAAAACGAGAUGUCAGUCAUAUCCUGAGUUUAUGAGAUGAGGGGAUAAUAAUAGGACGUCCAGGGACUACUGAAUGAGGGUUAUAUGAACUAAAUGUGCUCAUAGACUGUUUCAUAAUAUUGGCAUGCAUUUUUUUUUCAUUUUGUCUUUUGCAUUUGGUGUAUAUUCUGUCGGUCUUUUAAAGGGAUAGUCCACCCCAAAAUGGAAAUUCUGUCAUCAUUUAUUUAUGUUGUUCCAAAACUGUGACUUUCUAACUAAAGAGUUUCGAUUGCCAUUGACUUCCAUUGUACACUGAAAGUCAAUGGGAACUGAAACUUUUUGGUUAUUCUUCAAAAUUCUCCCUAUACUUUAUUUUUUUUUAAAAAAUUUCAAAAUAUUCUUAAAGAAGAUCUUCAGUCUAUCUUGUUAAAGAAGAUAUUUUGAAGAAUGAUUGUACUUGUUUGGGCUCCCAUUGACUUCCAUUGUAAUUCUUGGCCAUAGAGUGGAAGUCAGUGGAAGUCAAGACUUUUUGGUUACCAACAUUCUUUAAAAUAUCUUCUUUUAUUUUAGGUUUGGAAUGACGUGAGGUUGAGUGAUUAUUGGGUGGUCUUGUCCCUUGAAACGAAAUGUGUUUUUGGAAGUAGGGGUCUCGGUGAAAUGGUUAUUAGGGGUCAGAAGGAACCGGUAAAUAUCAGAGCUAAAUACUAAAAUCCUCCUGCUGAUUCCAUACACGCAUUUAUUAAUCACACAGCACCUGUUUUUAAGUUCUCCACAGCUGGAUGACACGAUGCACACAGAGAAACACAUUUAUACAGCACCUAUCUUAUUUUAUUACUUAGUUUGUUUGUAAAUACUGUAAAAUGCAUUUUGAUAUCAUUGACAUGUUUUGAUAUUUCAGUCACUACCAAUGAAUACUACAAGAUCUUGGGGUUAAAAAAAAAUGUAAAGGAAGAACCCAUGUUUGUAGUCACCAUUCUCUGUCCUAGACUCUGUACAGAUGUACUAAAUCAUGCAAAUGUAAAGUUUUUCAGCCUCUACUUAGUAAGCGGCGUCUGAGCGCUCAUGUUUUAGGAGAAGAGGAAAGUAAGGGGUGUUUGAAGCGGUACCGUUCACUCCUCGUAGACUAGACACUUGCAGGAGGACGUAUGUGGAGGGCGAAAGCCUCACGAUGCAUCCGUUCUCUCUUGGACGUGUCCUCACUUUGCACUUUCCAGACAGCAGCCCACCUUUUAACACAUUGCCUAUGUGGACAUACAUAGACAAAUCCUGUGUUCCUUUAUGUGCAAAAGGGACCACCCAUUGCAAACUUUACUAUGAAGGAUUUUUAUCUAUUUAAAUAAAAAAAAUAACAAAAAUAGUUUAAAAACUUGUUCAGAGUAGGGAUUUAAAACAAGGUCAUAAAAAGGAGGGAAGUGUCCUUCCCGUUCUCUUGAGCUUGUGUUUUCUAGGUUGCGGUUUCUUCUCCUCGGCCAGUAGUCUGUAUGUAAACCACUCACGUUGUUGGCCGUCUCUGUAACUCUAUUGUGACGCUGUACGAUACUGUAACAUUAGCGAGGAGACGAGGUGCGGAGGGGCUUCAGAUGCAGGAAAGAAAAGAAAUCCUCCUCCACUGGUGUUCUUUCUGACAAACGCAAAGCAGUAUUGAGUAUAAAGCAGUCUGUCUCCUGGGUUUGCUUUGUAUUUCAUGUUUAGAGUAGUUUGGAUCCUUGUCUUUUAGGGACUCUUUCUGUCUUGUGUAGUAAAUUAAGAUGUUCUUAUUGUAAAGUUUCUUUUAGAUUUAAAAGUUGCUUAUUAAAAAAAAGAUGGAAAAAGUGCUUCA